AUGGCAGGGAAGCCUCUCAAGAAGUCCUCAAUUCCUGGGGUCACCAUCAGGCAGUUGGUGGAUGAGCUCCCAGAAGGAUGCAGCACUCCCGAUUUUGAGAGGAAGCCCAUCACGUUGGCUCUGCCAGAAGGGAAAAAUGCCAUCUUCCGGGCUCUGGUCUCUGGGGAGCCCAGACCUGAGGUGCAGUGGUAUCGUACUCAGGGUGACCUCAGUGACCCCAACAAGUACAAGAUUUUCUCCCAACCAGGAGGCAAAGAACAUGUGCUCCAGGUCAACAAGUUGACAGGAGAUGACACAGACACAUACCGAUGCUUGGCUGUGAAUGAAUAUGGAGAAGCCAUGUGCUCAGCAGGGCUUACCGUCAUUGAAGUUGGCUUUCGGAAGAAUCGGAAGAGACGAAACGAGCCCCAGGAAGACCACAGGAAGGAACUUAUGGACUUUCGGAAGAUCCUGAAGAAGAGGGCACCACCUCCUCCUCCAGAGAAGAAGAUGGAUCGUGAACAAGUGUGGCAACUGCUAAUGAAUUCUGAUCGGAAAGACUAUGAGCGGAUCUGCAUGAAAUAUGGAAUUGUAGACUUCAGGGGAAUGCUUAGGAAGCUUCAGGAGAUGAAAAAGGAGCAAGAAGACAAGAUAUCACAGAUGUUGGGACUUUUCAGGAUGCUAGAAACCAACUACUUAUCAUCCUUACAAGAAGAAACGAUCUUAAACUUCUUCAUCCCUGCCAGGGUUGUGAAUCCCCUGGCUGAAACUCUAUGUGAGGUGCAAGAAGAUGCUGUAUUUGAGUGCACCCUCUCCAAUCCUUGCCCACAUGCCUUCUGGCAGUUUCAACAUCGGCCCCUGCGGUCCAGUGACAAGUAUGAGGUGUCUGUGUCUCCUGAUGGCCUGACUCACCGGCUGGUGGUGAGAGGGGCUCAGCGAUCUGAUAUGGGCCUUUAUUCUCUUGGCACUGGUCUCCACUCUUCUAGUGCUUGGUUGGUGGUGGAAGAAGCUAAAGGAGAUGAUGGAGGUGGUUCAGAGUGUCCUGAGGGAAUAAGAUCAGGAAUUGAAGGUGGGUGUGAGAGUAACUUGGGGAGUCCUAGGAGAAUGGGGUCAGAGAGCAAGAGAGGUUUUGAAAGAGGUUUAGGAAAUUCUGGAGGAAUAAGGUCAGAGAUUGAGGGAGAUUAUGGAGGACUGCCAGGCCACUUCUCCCAGGAACUAGCUGACAUGGAAGCCAAGAAAGGAGAAGAAGCUGUCCUGUCUUGUACCCUGACCAGUGACUUGUUGUCUGGUGCCUGGUUCAAGGAUGGUGUUAAGCUCACUGCCAAAGAUGGGGUCAUCUUUGAGCAAGAUGGCUCCAGUUACAGACUUCGAAUACCUCAAGUGCAGGAGGACCAGGCUGGAAAAUACAUGUUUGUAGCUGGGGAUCACAUGAGUGAGGCUACUUUGACUAUCCGAGAACCCUUGACCAUUGCCCAGGAUAUGUUGGAGAAACUAAAGGAGCCAUUGGUGGUCAAGGCAGGGAAGACUGUGACAGUGAAGAUCCCGUUUUCAGGCCAGGCUCCUGUUCGAGUUACCUGGAGGAAAGAUGGGGCAGAAGUAGUGGGAGGCCCCAAGGGAGCCCAGCUGGACCAGGGGGACGACUUCACUCGCCUGUGCCUCCCCAGCGCAAGUCGCAAGGACAGUGGGCAGUACCUUGUGAAACUGUCGAAUGCAGGGGGCUCAGUGGAGGCUCAACUCACCCUGAAGGUCAUAGACAAGCCCCAGCACCCAAAGGGCCCCCUGAAGGUCCAGUACUGUCGGGGGGCGGGCAUCAGCCUGAGCUGGCAGCCUCCGCGGGAUGAUGGGGGCCAAGCGGUGCUGACCUAUGAGGUGGAAAGGCAGCAGGCUGGUAGAACCACCUGGCUGAAGCUAGGCGAGACCCCUGGAAAUGUCACCACCUUCUCUGAUACCCGAGUGGAGCAAGGAAAGAAGUACACCUACCGAGUCCGGGCCGUGACCUCUGAGGGUUCUGGAGAAGCACUAGUGUCAGAAGAGUUGCUCGUGGCUUCUGAAGCUUGUCCUAGACCCCCUCCACCUCCAACCAUUGUUGCUGCUACCAGUCAGGGUAUCACUCUGACAUGGACAGCACCCCAGGGCCCAGGGAGUGCUCACCUCCUGGGCUACCUGAUCGAGAAGAGAAAGAAAGGAAGCAAUACCUGGACAGCUGUCAAUGACCAGCCUAUUUCUGAGAAGAAAUGGACAGUAUCAGACGUGCUGCGGGGCUGUCAAUAUGAGUUCCGUGUGACAGCUGUGGGAGCCUCGGGUCCUGGGGAGCCCGGAUCCUCAUCAGAUGCUGUUUUUGCUCGAGACCCCAUGAGACCCCCUGGCCCUGUUCGGGAUCUCCAAGUAACUGACAUAGCCCACGCCAGCAUCACAUUGAGCUGGUCCAGGCCAGAUCCCCAGCGUGGAGAUCAAGUCCAGGGCUAUGUGGUGGAACUGAGGAGCUCAGAUAGUCUCCAGUGGAGCCGGUGCCACACGGGGACUGUGGGUGGCACCACUUAUACUGCCAAGGGGCUACGGCCACAGGAGUUCUACUUCCUGAGGGUAACAGCUGUGAAUGAUGGGGGCCAGAGUCAGCCCACCACUUUGGACACUUGUAUCCAAGCCAUGCCUGUAUCUGUUUGUCCUAAAUUCCUCAUGGAUAUCACCACCACGAACUGUGUAACUGUCAAGUCUGGGGACACUGUCCGAGUUCCUGUUUCCUUUGAGGCUUCCCCCAUGCCGGAGGUGAUCUGGCUGAAGGAUGGGCUGCCCCUACCCAAAAGGACAGUCACUACCAUCAGAGAUGGCCUCACUCAACUUCUAAUUCCUGCGGCCAGCCUCUCAGAUGGUGGCCUCUACACUGUGAUGUUGAGGAACCUACAGAGGAAAGAGGUGACCUACAGCUUCCUCAUUCGAGUGUCAGCAUCUCCUGCUGCCCCGGGGCCCAUCCGGCUAGAGGAGAACGUUCCUGGGACAGUGACGGCUGUGUGGGAGCCAUCUCCAGAUGAUGGUCAAGGCGGUCCACUCUAUUACACCGUGCUAACACGUUCUUCAGCCCAUGUCACCUGGCGGGAGGCAGGGGACCGGAUCCACACCAAUCGCUUCACUCUUGUGGGCAUCCUCCCCGGCCAUCAGUAUUACUUCCGAGUUGUGGCCAAGAAUGAGCUGGGGGCCAGUGAGCCCUCUGACACCAUGGAACCCUGGAGUAUCCCCCUUCAACGAGAAAAGUUCAUGGUGAAGAUGCCAAACUUCAAGAAGCCAAACUUGACCCAGAAACCAUAUUUCCUGGUCAAUCUCCGGACCCAUCUGCUGCCCCAAGGCUGUGAAUGCUGUAUGAGCUGUGCUGUCAAGGGAGAGCCUAGACCUAGAGUCACCUGGUUCAAGGAUGAUCAGAGCCUUGAAGGCAAUCCCAAUGUAUAUAGUACAGAUGUCCUAGGCGUCUGCUCCUUGGUCAUCCCCAGUGUCACCCUCAAGGAUAGUGGCAAAUACAAGGCUGUGGCUGAGAAUGGGCUGGGCCAGGCAGUCAGCCAAGCUACCCUUAUUGUUACAGAAUCCUGCUUCUAGUGUGACUGGCACCAUGACGGCCCUGCUCAUCCUUGCAGUGCAAAGAAUUAGACCAGACUCUUCCCAUCAUUCUGCAUUUUUCUGGCUGCCACAAGGCCCCUAGGAUCAGUGGGGUGGGGAGCCCAUUUUUAGGAGACUGAAUUGAUAUAUACAGGUGGGGCAAUGGAGUUGUAUUGAUGAACAUUUUCAGCAAGUGCCCUUGGGGAGGA